AUGGUCCACGAACCAAAAAAACAAAAAAAUAAUCGAUUUGUGAAUGGAAUGAAGGCGGUUGUCACUAGGGUAGGUGUUAUUGCAUAACUGGCUUACUUUUUGUUUAUUUUUUUUUGCAUUUUUUAAAAAUGUUUGUACUGUUUUUUUGACAAUCCUGGUUUUGAAAAGAACUGAUGAUGUUGUUUUAGGCUAGAAAUUAUGUGACUCUACGUAGACGCUACGAUAUGACAGAAUUGAGGUGUUACCAAGUUUUAGCCGAGCGAACUCUGGACGAUGGCCUCAGGGCUUGGAGAUUUGGAACAUUUUUGAUUCCACUGACAGCCGUCAACCUUUUUAUUGGCAAAUCUCUUAGGGUAUGUUGUAUAGUUUUGAUUUUGUACUGUAUUAUAUUUUUUAAUGUGGAUAUUGUAAAAAAUUUAUUUUUUUCUGUCAAAAAUUACAGAACUUCUAUUAGUUUGGCAAAUUCUUUAAAUUUCUUGAUCCCAGUUAUUGUAAAAAAUGUAAUACCUUUCUAAAAUUUUUGGUUUUCAGAAAAGUGGACAAGUAUGGUCUGACCUUGUGGUAAACGUGCCAUACUCCGACUACUUAUCCGCCAUGAAGAUAGCCAAACAUCAAGAGGAAGAGGAACUACUAGAUCGAUUAGCACGAUACCCCAAGACGAAGCCAUUAGACGAGGGCUUCUGCGUGGAAUUGAACUCGUACGACGCUUACACAGUACUGUACUUGAACGAAUUCCGGACGGGCAUGGGCCGACCAUCCAGCAACGAAUGGAAUCUCAUCUUCGGAAAACACCUGCCCAACUUUUAUGUACAUUAA